ACGGAUAGCGAUGGAGAUGGCGCUCACGGGGAUCGCGCUGUUGGUGGUGGCAGUGGAAGCGUUGAGGAAGCUGAUGUUGGCGGUGGCAGUAGUGUAGCUUCGAGAAACGAUAGCGUUGACGAAGCAGCUGUUGGCGAUGGCAGUGGUGGAGCUUCGAGAAGCGGUAGCAAUGAGGAAGCUGCAAAUGAUGGUGGCAGUAGUGCAGCUGCUAUUGUCGAUGGUGAAACUGUUGUUAGCAGUGGCGAUGGUGGACCUGCGGAAAGCGGUAACGAUGGUGCAGCUCCUGUUAGCGCUGGCGGUGAUGGAGCUGCUGGUAGCGGUGUAUGUCAACCGAGCAGAAAGUCGGUGGCAGACUUGAUCAAUCAGUAUCAAUACGCCGGCGAAGGUAGCAGCCGUCACCAUCAUCACUUGCGGGGUGGGCGUUUUCUGAGGAGUGACAACAAAACGUUGGGAAACUAGAACCACGGGACAGUGCAGCCGAAUGUCCUGUGGCAACUUCCAAGGCUUAUAACCUGAUUAAGCUCUAUGAGACCAUCGCAUUUAAGAGUGCAUGCAAGUUACACUACACCGAUGAAGAAAAGGACAUGUCGUUGUAUCGAUACAUAAUGGCUGGGAAGAAGUAUCAUGAGUUCAUGGUUGGGAAUGUUCCCGGCAUAAGCCUAGCUACCCUUCUAAGGCACAUGGACAAACAUACAACGGACAUUAAAGAUGGGGUGAUCGACGCGGCGGGUCUGAAGCGUUACCUGACCGAGAACGGCUAUCCGCUGACGGUGAUGCUUGCGGAGGAUGGGACGAGGGUUACCCCGCGUGCCCAGUACGACGAGCGAACAAACACUUUGACUGGACUAGUAGCUCCGCUUGACCACACGGGACUUCCCAAACGAAACUACUUUGACGCCAGCAAUGCGCAGGAUAUGGCUGACAAGUUGAAAAAUUGCCGACUGGCAAGCACUGCAUACGUUCAACUAGCAGUACCUCUAGAUCCAAAUGCGGCCCCGUACGUGCUGUUCUACAUGGGUACGGACAACAGCUUUACGUAUGCAGAUGUACUCAAGCGUUGGCUUCACACCAUCGACUUGCUGAAGAAGCAUGGCAUCACCGUUUUUGGUAUAGCUUCAGAUGGGGACCCAACUCUCCUGAAGGCAAUGCUCAGCAUCAUGCAAUUGGCAGAUGUACCGUGUGAUGAGCUAGGUGUUAGAUUUCUUUGGAAACUUGUUCAGCGCACCUAUCUGUACCAAGAUAUAACGCACACAGUGAACAAACUAGCGCGCAAGUUGUUCAAUCGCAAACGAGCGUUAAUGAUUGGUAUAUCGGUGGCUAGCGUUACCCACCUCGAUGCCCUGUUGGAUAAGGUUUCGAAGGACAAACACGGUCUCACGUACGGUGAUCUUCACCCGACCGACCUCAUGAGCUUUCGACCUACGGAAAAAGUAAUGGAGGAAGCCGUUAUCAACCUGUUGGAGGAACAAGUGCCUGGUAGCGAGGGCACGGUAGUGCUGCUCCGCUACAUGAGCGCUAUAUACCGAGCAUAUACUGAUGUAUCGUUGGCGCCGAUUGAAGCCAUCUCAAUGCUCUGGGAGGCGUUGUUUUUCAUGCGGGCGUGGAGGAACUGGACAUUGAAGAAUAGAACAAGCAGCUUCCAAUGUGUGACAGCAAACACGUACGCUUGUCUUGAGAUAAAUACUCACAGCCUUGUGCUGGCAGCAAGAGACUGCCGCGAUCGUGGCCGACCCGAGGAAUUCUUAGUGAGGUGUUUCGGCAGUCAGGACGUCGAGGCGACAUUCCGGAAUCUUCGAUCGAUGACGACAAUGAACCAUACCCAGACGAACCUCACUUUCAAGAAAAUCGGCGAAAAGCUGCGGCGAGCUCACAUGCUGCAUCAAAUUCAGCACCGUAACCGUAUUAAGUUUCGAUUCCCUGGUCACACGGGUCCGACCAACGUGUCCGUGCUACCGACACUGCCGACGGAUGCUGAAAUAAAAGCCGCACUAAGUAGUGCUGAGGGGAGGGCAUCUGAGGUCUUGGGCAAGCUUGGCCUCUUGCAGGCUGAACAAUCUUUCGAGUUUAGUGUACAUGCCCUCGGGGACCGGAACUGGGAAGACUUGAUCGUUUCCGAUAGUGAGUCUGACACGGAGGACCAUGAAGACCAUGAACCCGGUCAGGAGGUGUAUGAAGCUAAGCAUCUGUUUUCAAACUUUUCGGGCCAGAUCGCGCUGCCUAACAGCACGUCCGAUAAGCACAUCUACCUGAUACGAGAUGACCACGGGAAGGUGUUUCACGUUAAGAAGAGUAGUGUAGUGUGGAUGCUUACUGCGUCUAAGGUUCAGGAAAAAGCUCGUAUGAUACGUUACAAACAGCCCAUACCUAACUAGGGCAAGCUAGGUUGAUUAGGUUCAUAAGUAAUACAUAUUAUAUAAUGUCCGUACUCUUAGAGUGUGCUUUACUAUCCUUGAUGACACUCUGACUAUUCAGCCUCCAAGGUGGUGGUUGAAUAGUCAGGGGGGGUGUUAUACCCGGGUGUUUGUAGUAGCCUAUGUACUGGUUCUUACAAACACCCGGGUUAUACUCUUUGAAAAAUGUUGCCCCUAAAUGUAUGCAACCCAUGAAAUGGAAAAAGUUUCAAAAUUCGUCUAAGUCCCGGAAAUGGGGAAGUGUUCUUGCCUGCGAAGGCACCACUGAGCUGAGGUGAGAUGAGUACGUACCCACAGUUGUCUGAGUCGGGGCAGCGUAACGAGUGAGCUAUGAUGAGCGCGCAAACAUGCGUGCGCUUCAUAUACGUGUACCGUACCCUGUGUACGGACGCGGCGGAGGAUGGGUCGCGGUACAUUGACUGAGUCGGUGACCAUUUCGGUGGUAAAGUGGUUAAGCCAAAUUGGCUUGCACGUCGCUAAGCCAAAUUCGCUUAUGGGAUGUGUAACCAGUGUGAGUGUUGUGUACAAUAAUUGAUGUGACUCGUCGCGAAUUUUGUGUUAAAUUAUUUAAAUGUAAAUUAUUGUGCCAAGAAGACGUUGUGUUUGUCGAUGGGAAGUUACCAGGACGACGCCCAGCAAGCAAGAAACCCGAAGCUGGAAGUCCCACACCGUGCGUCGUUACCGCUAGUCACCACCAGGAGCGCUGCUGCUUAUCAUCGCAUGGGCGGCCAUUGGGGGUGGUGAAUGUGCGUAAUCCUUGAGGAUGACAGGAUGAGGAGGAGAUGGGUUGGCGCGUAAGAGGUCAGGGGUUCGGGAUUUUGACCCGACCGUUGCUCGGUCAUUAAGUCCGGAUAUUGAGAAGUGGAAGGUUGUCGGCAAGUGCAACCGUUACCCGCGAAGACCAGUGUUGGAGAAGUUAAUCCUUGGAGGAUUGGGAAGUGCCCGGAAGAGCUACAUCCGUGGCCGUGACGAGAGAGCAGGAGUUGCCCGUAGGAGAUUUGGACAUCCAG